CGGCUCCGCGUGCUGCUGGGGGGGUGCCUGCCUUUGCGUGGCCUAGCCCGGGCUCCCCAGUCUGCCUGCCCGCCCGCCCGCCGACGCUGCUGGGCAUGGCCGCCCCUAGCGCGCCGCCCCGCGCACGGGCUCUUCUGCAGCAGUGUUUGGCUUCCCGGCUGCAGGUGAAGCCCCCCGAGCCGGGCUCCGAGGCCGAGUGGGUGGAGAUCCAAAGAGGACUGGUUAUCUACAUAUGCUUCUUCAAAGGAGCCAGUGAGGAACUCAUUCCAAAAAUGGUUAAUACGCUGUUGAAUGUUAAAUUAAGUGAAACUGAAAGUGGAAAGUAUGUUUCUCUUCUGGAUUUACCAGGAAACGUAUUAAUAAUACCCCAAGCUACGCUAGGUGGUAGACUGAAGGGAAGAAAUAUGCAGUACCAUUCCAACAUUGAAAAAGAAAAAGGGAUGGAGCUUUAUUCCCAUUUUGUAACACUGUGUGAAAAAGAACUGGCUGCUAAUACGAAAUGUGCAGAAGCAGGUGUUGUUGUCAAGUAUGGCACAUAUGGAAACAGACAGGUGUUAAAACUGGAUACAAAUGGACCUUUCACUCAUAUGAUUGAAUUUUGAAAAAUCAAUUUUAUGUAUAGUAUUAUCCAGCAACUGUAGAAUUUCUCAUUUAUAAUGGACAAAGCGCUUAAAUUGAUUGGAAUGUGAAGAAACCGGCAUGUUGUUUCAAUAAAUUUACACAAGUGUUGACCAGCCCAUGAAAUACAUUGAUUAUUAAAAAUGAGUCUGACAUUCUCAUGUAUCUUACCCAUUUGUGUAUCUGAAAUGUUUUGUUAAUAAUGAUGACUUAAGAUUCAUUGUAGUGAAAAUAUGUAAAGCAGUUCUUUUUAAAUAUAUUUAAGAUGGGAAUAAUACAUAUUUUUGUUGCUUUAAAAAACAUAAAGAAAGGUUUAAAUUUAUUAGGAAGUAGAUUAAAAAAUUUGGGGGAAAGGGGGAGCCUAUACAGCAGGGAGCAAUUCCCCAGGUUCAAUUCUCCAUUCCUCACUGAUGUGGGCAAGUCACUUAGCCUUUCUGUUCCUCAGUUCCCCAUCUGUAAAAUAGUAAUAAUAGUACUUCCCUAUCUCACAGUGGUGUUGUCUGAAUAAGUAUAUUAAAGAUUGUGAGGGAUUCAGAGACUACAAUAAUGGGGGCCAUAUUAGAUCAAUUGAACGCACACACAAACCCCACAACCAGAAUGGUGCAGGGAAGACGUCUUCUGUGGUGGCACUAGGACCCAUACGGCACAUCCCUGCCUCCAGUCAGGUACCUUUUUGGAAAAACUGCAGGGAACAAACAGCCAAGGAAUGAAGCCAUCAAAGUAGCUGCAGAAAGCAACUCAAGCAGGGACCAGAGGACACUGAUGAUGUCAUCAAGCUGCUUAUUGGAGUUUUCACUGUGAGCAUUCUCUGUCCUGUGCUAAUUGCUUCCUUUUUCUUUCCAUGUACCUAAUCCUCUCCUAAUAUAACUCAAUGGAAAGGAGUUAAAUAACAAAGGAAAAAUAAAAAAUCUGGAAUUAACAUGACAUCUGCAGCCAUCACAUUGCUUACCCCGCCUGUGUGCUGAAUCCCUUCCCUCCUACCUUUUUCUGUCUUGUCUGUUAAAUUGUAAAUGCUGCGGGACAGGGACUGGCUCUUAUUUUAUGUACAGUAUCAGCAUUCCUGGUUGGCCUCUACGUACUGCUAUACUAAAUAUGAUAAAUAAUUAAUGGUGUAUAGAAAGUAGAUUGGAAGAGUCUUUGUGUUAUGAGACAUGGACAAUGGAACAAAGGGGCAUUCAAUUAAAUUAGGUGGCAGAUUCAAAACUGAUAAAAAUUUCACUCAAUCUGUGAUUAAAGUGGGGAAUUUAUUGGCACAUGUUGAGGCAAACAAUUUAGCAAAAUUGGACAAUUAUAUGGAUAUCAAGAAUAUCCACACUUGUAAUAUGUGUGAAAAUAAAUCUGGAAAGGAUAUAAAACUUCAUGCCUCAGGAUUUAUGCCAUUCUCUAACUAUCAGGGGGUUAGGAUGACACCUUCAUAGAGGGCGGAUUACUCCACCUUGGUUUACUUCACUGUGGAGUUUCUUGCACCUUCCUCAGAAUCAUCUAGUUCAGACCACUGUGGGAGACAGGAUAUUUGACUAGGAGGCCACAUCUCUGAUCCAGUAUGGCAAUUCCUAUGCAGCACAAUGAGCUGUAUUCUAUUCCGAUGCAUACCUUAUGAAAUCCUUAAUCACGGCCCUAUAUCUGAAAAUAUUUGACUUGCUUUUAGUUUAGAUUCAAAUAAAAUAUACUUUAGUAAUCUCCAGGCUCAAACUACACCAUCACAACAAUCUAAAUUUUAUCCAUAGAUAUACAGUUUAUUUUUUAAUACAGGAGACUGAUAGGAUUAUUUCAGAUUUGUCAAACUAUACAUUUGGUGGUAAUUACAAAGUGCUUAAGAAUGUCUAUUUCCUGGCAAUUAUUUUUUUGCAAUUCAAAAGAAAAUGGAACUAUGCACAUAACUCGUUUGGAAACAUUUAUUUAUUACCCUCAGUCCCAGAUUACACGUUUACUCAUUAAUAAUUCACUAUCUGUUUAUAACAGACACAAUGACUCAUUUAAAUUCCUACUAAAGAAUCCUAUAUAAGAGAGAUUGUUCUUGUGUGAAUAAUUUGUGCAAAAAUUCAUUAAAAUUCUAUCCACUUGGAAAAACUUUGUUUUUCAUACCCUCCUCUGUUUUAGGCCAACUCCUGAAAAAUGCUGAGGAGUGGCAGUUUUCACCGACUCGAGGAAUUGCUGGUAGCCAAUACAUCUCAAGAAUUGAUCCUUUUAUGUGUUUUCUAAUAGAGAAUCUGUAGGUUUUCAUGCCCUUAAUAGCUUCAGAGAAUCUUUUGAAGUUUAUGAGUUAUUUUACUAUAUUUGAAAUAUUUCUGAGAAGGGGUGAGGUUGGAGAUUAACAAAAGUACAACACAGACGAGAUUUCAGGCCAGAUUAUACCCUGAUUUGUUAUUGUCCAACUUCACUAUGGCUCCAGGGCAUGUAAGUUGGAAUACAAUUUGUCACCUCAUGCCUACAAAAACUUACAUUUGUGUGGGUUGUUGCCAUUUUGUUUAUUUCUCCCAGGGUACUAUUUCCUGCUUGCAGGAAUUUCCUUCUACCGUCUUCUGUUUCUAACAGUCUCAAAGGUCAAUAGUUGCUGGUUGGUGAGCUCAUUUCUACUGCUACAUCUAUUGCUUUAUGAGCCAUUUAUUGAAAUAAACUAUUUAUAAAGU